AUGUCGACGCUGACAGAAAAAGUCGAGAAUGCCACAGAAGUCAAGCCGGAGAACACAGCUGCAGCAGCAAUUCCACAGCAUGACGAAUAUUCGCCCACAACAGUGGUAUUGGCUAAAGUCAAAGGAUAUCCACCCUGGCCGGCCAUGGUGCUAGAAGAGAGCUUGUUACCGGAAAACAUCAUAAAAAUGAAACCAAAGUCCAACAGACCAAAGCCUGCUAUCAGUGCAUCGCCCAAGAAGAGAAAGUCGCUUCCUCCGGCACGCAUCUUACCUAUAAGAUUCUUCAGCGAUGAUACCUACAUCUGGAUAAACAGCCACGACUUAAAGCUUUUGAGUAAAGCAGACAUUGAAAAACAUCGCUCGGGCUCCAAAAAGAGAAAAGACAACUUGUUGGAGAAGGCUUAUGAUUUGGCCGACGAUCCACCUGACAUGGAGCUCUUUGUAUUGUAUGGUUCACGUGCGGCUCCUCCAGAAGAGCCAGAAGUUAUAGAAGCCACAGAGGACAGCGAAUCUGUAGAUGUGGAUGAAGAAGUGGAAAAUGAAGAACCAGCUUCGAAAAAAAGGAAGACGACAGCCCCAAAGAAGAAGCCAGCACUGAAAUCUUCAACUGCUGCGAAAUCAAAAGCAACUACCAAGAUAUCAGCCAAGGCUCCAGCUAAAGCUACUGCCAAAUCUAAGCCUGUCGCGAAGAAAGUAAAUCCUAAACAAGCCAAGAUAGACGAACGAAAGCUUUUGUUGGAAAAGAAAAAGGAAGAAGAAAGGAAGUUGGCAGCAGAGUACGACGACGACUGGGGCUUAGAGGAUUUGAAUACUUUUGAUGCUAAAACGGGAAAUUACAUUUUCGACACAGAAAAAGAACAAACAGUCUAUUUCACGAAGACAUUACCUUCUGCUGCUGUAGUACAGGCAAAUUUCACCAAGGUUCAGAACAAAUUCGACAAGAUCAGUGAACAAUUGGUAGAUAACUUGCUUUCCGAUGAAGUAGAAGAAAACAAAGUGUCGCCGUUGUUGGAUCAAUUGUUCCAGUUGUUGAAGCAGUCGUUGCCCAAGACACUCAUAUUGAAAAGCAGACUCUUGCGAGUGCUAAUUCUCACAGCCAGAAAGCCACUUGAACAGUUUCCCAAUGAGGACAUCAAAGCACGCAUUACAGACAUGUUGGACGACUUCUUAGAGAUCGAAGUUUCUACAAACAUUAUUGAUGCUAAUAUUGAGAGUGAACAGCCCAGCACUGUAGCCAGCAAACAGGCCUCCGUCGAGCCCUCAGUUGGGACCAACGGAUCUGCUUGA